CAGCCACAGCCCGUCACAGCUCCGGGACCCAAAUAGACAGUUUGAGGGCUCAGCUGCUGACAUCAACCAGAAAUGGCUGCCACCGGAGUGCUUCCCUUCAUAAGGGGGGUAGACCUCAGUGGAAACGACUUCAAAGGCGGGUACUUCCCAGAGCAUGUCAAGUCCAUGAGCAGUCUGCGAUGGCUGAAGCUAAACAGGACGGGACUGUGUUACCUCCCAGAGGAGCUGGCCUCUCUGCAGAAACUGGAGCAUCUUUCAGUGAGCCACAACAGUCUGACCACCUUACACGGAGAACUGUCCAGCCUACCCAACCUGCGGGCGGUGGUAGCCCGGGCCAACAACCUGAAAAACUCUGGCGUCCCAGACGACAUCUUCCAGCUGGAUGACCUCUCUGUGCUGGACCUGAGCUUCAACCAGCUGACGGAGAUCCCCAGAGACCUGGAGAACAGCAAGAACAUGCUGGUGCUGAACCUGAGCCACAACGGCAUCGACGCCAUCCCCAACCAGCUGUUCAUCAACCUGACCGACCUGCUGUACCUGGACCUGAGCGACAACAAGCUGGACAGCCUGCCGCCCCAGAUGAGACGCCUGGUUCACCUGCAGACGCUCAUCCUGAACAACAACCCGCUGAUGCACGCACAACUGCGCCAGCUGCCCGCCAUGGUGGCGUUACAGACUCUCCACCUGAGGAACACACAGAGGACCCAGAGCAACAUGCCCACCAGUCUGGAGGGUCUGACACAGUUAGCAGACGUCGACCUGUCAUGUAACGACCUGACCCGGGUGCCAGAGUGCCUCUAUUCCCUGGGCAGUCUGAAGAGACUCAACCUGAGCAGUAAUCAGAUCUCAGAGCUGUCUCUGUGCAUCGACCAGUGGACUCAGCUGGAGACGCUUAACCUGAGUCGUAACCAGCUCACCUCGCUGCCCUCUGCCAUCUGUAAGCUGUCCAAACUGAAGAAGCUGUAUGUGAACUCCAACAAACUGGACUUUGACGGAGUCCCGCCGGGCGUUGGCAAACUCUCCAGCCUCACCGAGUUCAUGGCUGCUAACAACAACCUGGAGCUGAUCCCCGAGGGUCUCUGCAGAUGUGGAAAGCUGAAGAAGUUGGUGCUGAAUAAAAACCGCCUGGUUACGCUGCCCGAGGCCAUCCACUUCCUGACUGAUUUAGAGAUUCUGGACGUGCGUGAGAACCCGAACCUUGUGAUGCCUCCUAAACCCGUCGACAGAGCGGCCGAGUGGUACAACAUCGACUUCUCUCUGCAGAACCAGCUCCGGCUGGCCGGGGCCUCGCCCGCCACUGUGGCUGCUGCUGGAGGAGGAGCCAGCCCCAGAGAUCCCCUGGCGAGGAGGAUGAGGCUGCGGAGGAGGAAGGACUCUUCACAGGACGACCAGGCCAAGCAGGUGCUGAAGGGAAUGAGUGACGUAGCUCAGGAGAAGAAGAACAUGGAGCAGGAAAAUGGUGAUUUGAAAUACGGCGACUUAAAAGUCCGGCGCUGGGACAAGAGUCUAGAGAAACCUCAACUCAACUACUCUGAGUUCUUUAUGGAGGACGUCGGGCAGAUUCCAGGUGUGUCUGUUUGGCAGAUAGAAAACUUCAUUCCUCUCCAAGUGGAUGAAACCUUCCACGGAAAGUUCUACGAGGCAGAUUGCUACAUCAUCCUGAAGACGUUCCUGGAUGACAACGGAGCUCUGAACUAUCAGAUCUUCUACUGGAUCGGUCAGGAGGCCACGCUGGACAAGAAGGCCGGCUCGGCCAUCCACGCCGUCAACCUCAGGAACUUCCUCGGGGCGGAGUGCAGGACGAUACGGGAGGAGAUGGGAGACGAGAGCGAGGAGUUCAGUGCUGUGUUUAACAACGAGAUCUCCUACAUCGAGGGAGGAACAGCGAGUGGAUUCUACACGGUGGAGGACACACACUACUCCGUCAGGUUGUACAGAGUUUACGGGAAGAAGAACAUCAAACUGGAGUCUGUACCUGUGAAGGGCUCCUCCCUCGACCCUCGAUUCGUCUUCCUGUUGGACACAGGCCUGGACAUUUUCAUCUGGAGGGGAGCCAACGCUACGCUGAGCGGCACCACCAAGGCCAGGUUAUUUGCAGAAAAGAUCAAUAAGAACGAGCGUAAGGGGAAGGCGGAGAUCACGACCCUCAUGCAGAAGCAGGAGCCGCCGGAGUUCUGGGAAACACUGGGAGGACAACCGGAGGAGAUCAAGAAACACAUACCUGAUGAUUUCUCUCCCGUCAGACCCAAACUCUACAAGGUGGGUUUGGGUCUGGGCUACCUGGAGCUGCCUCAGAUUAACUACAAGCUGUCAGUGGAGCACAAAGAUAAGAAGAUCAAACUGGACACGCUGCCAGAGCUGAGACUGGUGCAGACCCUGCUGGACACUAAGGGCGUGUACAUCCUGGACUGCUGGUCCGACGUGUUCAUCUGGAUCGGGAGGAAGUCCCCCCGCCUCGUCCGAGCGGCCGCCCUGAAGCUGGGUCAGGAGAUCUGCUCCAUGCUGCACCGGCCCAAACACGCCUGCGUCACCCGCAACCUGGAGGGCACCGAGUGUCAGGUGUAUAAGUCCAAGUUUAAGAACUGGGACGACGUGCUGAAGGUGGACUACACCCGAGCAGCCGAGACGGUUCAGCAGAAGGACAACCUGCAGGGCAAGGUGAAGAAAGACGCAGAGCAGAAAGAUCAGAUGAAGGCCGACCUCACCGCUCUCUUCCUCCCCAGACAACCCGCCAUGGCUCUCACUGAGGCGGAGCAGCUGAUGGAGGAGUGGAACGAGGACCUGGACGGUAUGGAGGGCUUCGUAUUGGAGGGCAAGAAGUUCGCUCGCCUGCCCGAGGAGGAGUUUGGACACUUCCACACUCAGGACUGCUACGUCUUCCUCUGCAGGUACUGGGUUCCUGUGGAGUACGAGGACGAUGAGAAGGAGAAGAAGGAGGGUGAAGGAGGAGCAGGAGGAGCAGGACGAGCGGCUGCAGCAGGAGACGAUGAGGACGACAAACAGCCCGAGGAGGACUUCCAGUGUGUGGUGUACUUCUGGCAGGGCAGGCAGGCCUCCAACAUGGGCUGGCUCACCUUCACCUUCUCCCUGCAGAAGAAGUUUGAGAGUCUGUUCCCGGGAAAACUGAAGGUGGUACGAAUGACUCAGCAGCAGGAGAACCUCAAGUUCCUGUCCCACUUCAAGAGGAAGUUCAUCAUCCACAAAGGGAAGAGGAAACAGAAGGCGGACCCUCAGCCCUCGCUCUACCACAUACGCACAAACGGCAGCGCACUUUGCACAAGGACGAUCCAGAUCGGAACAGAUUCCAGCAAUCUCAACUCAGAGUUCUGCUUCAUUCUCAAGGUACCGUUCGAGAGCACAGACAAUCAGGGCAUCGUCUACACCUGGGUGGGCCGAGCUGCCGACCCCGACGAGGCCAAGCUGGCCGAGGACAUCAUGAACAGCAUGUUCGACGACACGUACAGCAAACAGGUGAUCAACGAGGGGGAGGAGCCAGAGAACUUCUUCUGGGUCGGGAUUGGUUCUCAGAAGGAGUACGAUGAAGAUGCUGAUUAUAUGAAACACGCUCGACUCUUCAGGUGUUCUAAUGAAAAGGGUUAUUUCUCCGUGUCGGAGAAGUGCUCAGACUUCUGUCAGGACGACUUGGCCGAUGAUGACAUCAUGUUGCUGGACAACGGCAAAGAGGUGUACAUGUGGGUCGGUACUCAGACGAGCCAGGUGGAAAUCAAACUCAGUCUCAAAGCCUGCCAGGUUUACAUCCAGCACAUGCGCUCUAAGGACCCUGAACAUCCCAGGAAGCUUCGACUGGUGCGGAAGGGAAACGAGCCGCACUGCUUCACGCGCUGCUUCCACGCCUGGGGGGCUUUCAAAACCCCGCCCUCGUAGAAAAAGUUUGCAUCAAAGUCACGCACAGAAAACGCUCACACCUACAUCAAAUAUUUACGCUGCCAUGUAAUUUUUCUACCUGUAAGAUUAAGAUGAUGUCUAUCCCCCGAGCUCUGGUUCCUCCAGCAGCCUCUUGACCACCGAGCGAGUGGAAGACACCCCGCUGGUCAGGAAGCUGCUGGACGUUUCCUGUCGACGCCACAAACUGCAAAGUAAAGGUUUUUUACUACAAGCUUUUUUUUAGGCAGCGAGUCUGUUUUAAAAAUGAGAGAAUAAUGACUAGAGAGGAAAUAGGUGUACAGAGGCUUUAUAAAAAACACAAACAUAUCGAUCCGAUUGGCUGCUUUCCCGUGGCUCUGGCUGCAUGGUCGGUAGUUUUCAUCCGGGGAGUCGCUCCUCCGUGCUUGGGGCCAUUUUGCACAGCUCACUGGAAGCAGUUUAAAGGCAAAUAAGAGUUUAAUUUUACACUUUGUGUUUUCAUAUUUGAGGGAGUGAACAGGAGACAGCACUAUAAUUGUUUUUUUUUUUCUGAGGAAUGUUGGUUUAUUCAUCUAUUUUUCUGUUUUCUAUGUGUGUGUGUGUGUGUGUGUGUGUGUGUGUGUGUGUGUGUUUGCCCCAUGCGCCUUCAUUCAAACAGGGACUACAGUGUGUUUAGCUCCUCCUCUAACUUGUGCACUGAUCUGAGGUCUGUUCAAACACAAUCCGACGUUUUCAUGCUCAGAAAGUCAACGACAAAGAUGAAUUUAGUCGUCCAAAGAAAUCUUCACAGACGAGAGAGGGUGCAAGUUACAGCUCGUGGGACGAAGCCUUGUUUUACGUUUUAAAGUUAAUGUGCAAUCAGUAGAGGCUUGGAGAUACUGAGACGACAUCACACUGUCUAUGUUACAGGCUGCAUUCAACUUGACUUGGUCCGCUUUUCUGCAGCGGAGAGGACAAAACACGCUUUAGAGUUUCUCUCCAGAAUUUAAGCAUUUUUACAAACAGGAAACGCACGGUGUUUAAAUCUCUACUUUAAGACAUUUGAGUCUGGCAUUACUUGAAAAAAUGUCACUCUUCAUCCGUCAUUUUAUUGGGAGAGCUUUCGCAAAGACUUAAAGACACAUUUUAGAUAUGUGGACGUCUGCUUCUACUGAUCGCUAAUCAAUAGUUUGUUGCUGUGGUUUUACAGCGGAGGGAUGACGGGUGGAUUAAAUAACGGCUCUGGUCCCUCCAGAGUGAACUCAACCUGCUGCCCUGCUUCUUGUGCUCAUGUUCCUCGUGCAGUUUGCAGACAUCGAUCCAAACAGCUGCCAUCGUUUAGUUUCUUGACUCUUUGUUUUGUGGGGGUGAAUUGAAUGCUUGAUCGUGUGUUUGAGUCCUUCAUGCAUAUGUGUUUAUGUGUGUGUCUAUGAAUAUGUGCACAUGCUCCUGAUGCCACCUGCAGAUGCUUUAUUUAUGUAUUUUAUAUUAAAAUAAAAUGUCACAAUACA